AUGGUAUUAGGGAGGUGGAAAAGAGUCAAUGGUCAAUAUUCAAUAACUGAUAAAGCAGAACGUUUGAGACAAUGGCUUGAAGCAAAUCGUAAUUCUUUCCCACAACCCAUAGCCGAUGAUUUAAUCUCAUCCAUAAGUGGAAACAAUGAUAUCGCUACAACUAUACUCAAAAUUUUUGGUUUUGGUUCGGAACCGAAAAUUUUAGAAGCACAGUUUACCCGAACAACCGAUUUACCACCUACCACAUCGCGCAAUGGAAUCAAAGUUGCUGACAGAGAAGUUUGUCCUUUCGAUGCUGAUCCAUUGAUUUUAUCCGGUGAAUACAGUUACUGUAAGCCAACAACAAUUGGAGAAUGUCCAGCUGGUUUCGUCUGCGAUUUUAGCUUAGUACUUAGCCGAUCAAUAUGCUGUCAGGACAUGCGUAAUCGACCGGUUAUUAAUAUAAGGAUAAAAUCACCGAUAAAUUCAACUUCCAAUUCAUUUUUAACAACGCUUUCAUCGAGACAAGAAAAGAUCACAACCGGUGAGCAUAUCUGGUCAUCUACAGUUCCCAAUCGUCGAUCACCUUGGUAUAUCAGAGAUAGAAGGCCACUAUACAGAACUCAGUGGAACGGAACUGUGCAUAGCCUUGUGACUUCCAGGAAAAUAACUGCGCCCACAACACCAACUUUUAGAAGUCGUGAAUUACCAGCAACAGAAUCUGUUGUAGAUAUCGAUAGCAAAGAGAUCUCAACUGAAGGAUAUGUUAGCACUGCUAACAAAAUCGCUCUCACAGUUGAACCAGAAAUUCCACAUCAUAGCACAUCUGAAUUUGGUGCAUAUUUAAUAAAAUCACCUCAAACAACAAUAUCACUACCCUCAACUUCCUCAAUAUCUGCCGAUCAUCUUACAUCCGUAUCUUUAAUUCAAGUUGGUAAUGUUAAGAGAUUGACGGACAAUCAAAUACUCAUUAUUGGAACAAUUGCACUUAUUAGCGAUCGAGGUUACCGAAUCCUAGUGGAUACUGGAUCCGCAGCAGAUACUGAAUCACUCCUGCAAGGUCUUUCGAAAGAAAUGAUUUCCGUAGAUGAUCUUGCAAUAAUUGUAAUAACAAGUGGACAUCCAAGUCAUGCAGGCAAUCUCAAUCUUUUCCCGCUGAAGCCAACACUUUUUCAUACGAUGGAAUUUGUAGAACAGCAUGCUACUGUCAGCGAACUUAAAGAUAGACCUUAUCGUAAACUAACGGAAAAUGUAGAAGUUUGGAAAACUCCUGGCCCUACACAACAAAGUCUUAGUGUAUUGGUUUAUAAUGCCGAAGGAUAUGGAACGAUAGCGAUCGUUGGUGAUUUGAUACCAAUGGAAGAUUACAUUUUCAAUAGAACAGAUUCAAGCGUAGAUAUCGAUGGAAGUGUAUGGGAUUCACUGAUCAGAAGGCAAAAUUCGAAUUUGAUCAUAUGUUUAGCGGACUGGAUCAUUCCCGGUCAUGGACAACCAUUCAGAGUGUUACCACUUUAUAGACAACGAGCGGGAUGUACACGUUUAUUAGCACAGCGAAAGAAAUUCGGUAAGAUGUAA